CUUAGUAUUGUCCAACCAGCGGAAAGGCAAGACGGCGGUUCUUUACGGCUUGUGAAGUCGGUGCCAGGCGGCUCUGUAGGGAUGGCGAGUCUGUGGAUGGGCGAUCUGGAGCCAUUCAUGGAUGAGUCUUUCAUCACCCAAGCCUUUGCCACUAUGGGCGAAACCAUUGCCGGUGUGAAGAUCAUUCGGAACAGGAUGACCGAAGGACUGCCCGGUUACUGCUUUGUGCAAUUCGCACAGCAGGAAGCUGCAGAGAGGUGUUUGCUGAAACUCCAUGGGAAACCUUUGCCCGGUGCUUCCUAUAAUAAACGAUUCAAGCUCAACCGUGCGUUUUAUGCCAAACCACCAGAACCCAACCAGAAUCCCAAACCACUGAUGACUCAAGCGAGUGACUAUACCCAGGCCUUUAACUACUACUCCCAGCAGUUCCAGCAGAUGUUUUCCAACUGGAAAUAUGACCAGCAAAGUGGCGGUUACAGUUAUCAACAAUACGGAGACACCGCAAGUACCUGGCAGGCCCCUGAGGAAACAGCAGAAACGGCAGAGGAAGCUCUGGAAGAUCCCGUGCUCCAAUUGGACAUUAACGAGGCCAAUAAGCAGUUUAUGGAGCAGAGUGAAGAGCUGUACAAUGCACUUAUGGACUGUCACUGGCAGCCGCUGGACACCGUCAUGUCCAAGAUCCCGACAGACAUGUGACUUUACCCUGUAAGGACGCUGGGAAAUCCACUUGACUAAAACAGCCGGUAGCCAAUGAGAGCAGCUGAAUAUUUCCAGGGCUAAGGGUAGUGGCGCUUGAGGGGACUUUAUGGCUCUGCGGACAACAUUGCAAACAUCCAGCGCUUUCAAGUCAAGUUGAAUCUUUCCUUUCCAUUUGUAUAGAGCUGGAACAGACGUCUCUGCAUCGUGUGCUUUGUGAUAUUCCGGUUUUCCAUUGUUUUACUGAAACCUUUUCUAUCCGUUCAUCAACACGCAGUUCUGUAAAGACGAUAAAAUUCACUAUUUUACUAUCUUCUGUGCUGUCUUGUUGGAUUCAUAUCCCUUGCGGGUCCGAGUUGAGCGCUUCCGCUUGUUCUCCUGCCCGCGAACUAACACUGCCGGCCUGUGUCUUAUAGGUGCCAAACACGCCCCGCCCCUUUUGUGAUGUCAUUGCGGGGCGGGUCUAUACAUAGAGGGCAGAAGCUGGGUAGGGGUUGGGUUGGGAGCGGGUGGGUUGAAUUUUUCUUGUGUUAUUCUAAUGGGCUGCACGGGUCUAGUAAUUCUGUACAACCCUGCUGCCGGAGAAGCCUCAAUGGAAGGAUAGGAAUAGAAAAAAGAAGUACUAAUGGAGUAAGGAGGGAAGCAGUGGCGCUGGAGGUAUUUUCUGGAACAUGAGCAGGUAAGAUGUUUCUAUACAUCUCCGAAUUCAUCGUGUAACUGCCAUCAGUAGUUCCAUCACCUUCCAUCGACCUUAGGGUCGCUGACCCCCUGACUUUGAAAGUGCCACUGAACAGAAAAAGAAUGUAAAUAGCUGAAGAGCACAGCGAAGUCAAAUAUACUUGAUAUUUUAUCUUUUCUAUUCUGUACACAGAAGAGUUUGUCUACAUGGUGAUAAUGAGCUCUGUAUAAACAAGUCCCUCCCAUCACCCAGCUAGAGCCUGUAUUUCAGGCUUAUGUAAGGGUUUUAGCCAUGAACUGGUAAUUUGAAUAACUGCCUCUUCCCUCCCCGAUAUUAGUUGCAAUCCGAUUCCUUUUUGGGUGGGGACAUGAACGUUGGCGGUAGCUUUAGGGUUUCUCUAUGUCCAUAGGGCACUCGUGUGCGUUUCAGAAAUGGAGGCGGGACAGACGCCAGCACCAAGUGCAGCUAUGGCAUCCAUUUGCGCAAUGACUGCAUGCAUUUGGGCAGGACUGCGGCUGUAAAUACCCCCCUGUAUUUACCCAUGUUGUGUAGAAAAAAGCCCCAAGUGAGCAAAAAUCACAUUUAGGGCAAAAGGUUCAACAUUUGGGUAAAAUAAGAAAAGUUUGGGUUUGAUUAUAACAUUUGUUCUCCUCUCUGCCCUUUAACCUCUAGUGGACCUUGCUCCGCCCCCUUUGACCUGUUCUAUCACCAACCCUCCCAUUUGCAUUGCUGCCCACAUGCUUGUGGCCCUGCCCCCUGCCUGUAUAGA